AUGGCGGCGGAGAAGAAGUCGAGCAACCCGAUGCGGGAGAUCAAGGUGCAGAAGCUCGUGCUCAACAUUUGCGUCGGAGAGAGCGGCGAUCGCCUCACUCGCGCUGCCAAGGUGCUGGAGCAGCUGAGCGGUCAAGUGCCCGUCUUCUCCAAGGCGCGCUACACGGUGCGAUCGUUCGGCAUUCGGCGUAACGAGAAGAUCGCGUGCUACGUGACAGUGCGCGGCGAGAAGGCGCUGCAGCUCAUUGAGAGCGGCCUCAAGGUGAAGGAGUUUGAGUUGCUUCGCCGCAACUUCAGUGCCACUGGCUGCUUCGGGUUUGGAAUUCAGGAGCACAUUGACCUGGGAAUCAAGUACGACCCGUCCACUGGCAUUUACGGAAUGGACUUCUUUGUUGUGCUCGAGCGCCCCGGCUACCGCGUGUCGCGCCGACGGCGGGCCAAGUGCCGCGUGGGCAUUCAGCACCGCGUGACCAAGGAGGAUGCCAUGAAGUGGUUCCAAGUCAAGUACGAGGGAGUCAUUCUCAACAAGGCUCAUGCCCAAAUCGGGAUGUAA